UGAUAAUAUUUUUAUUAUAUUUUGUAAGCAUGUUGUCCUCUAUAGGUACCGAAAUGGUAGACGAAAGUUUCUGUAAUUUAAAGGAACAGACCUGCAGUGGCUCAAACAGCGAAAAUAAAUAUAUAUUCUACUCAGUGAAUCCACCAGAAGGAUUUAAUUUAAGACGUGAUGUGUAUAUGAGGUUCGCCAUUAUGUUACAUGAUGCAAAUAUUAAAGGCAAGUCUAAUUGGAAGUUAGUUUUACCACCUUGGCAUAGACUUUAUCACUGGAAAUCAUCACCAAAACGUACGCCUUGGAACACAUUCUUUGACAUAGAUUCUUUGAAAAAAUUUGCACCAGUAGUUGAAAUGUAUGAACUUGAAGAUAGCAGCCCAAAUACUACGAAGUUGGAUCGAAUUUAUAUCCUGCAGAAUUUUGAAGAUGCCUUUGAGGGUGGAACUUUCACUGAAAAGUGGAAAGUAAAUAAUGACUGUAGUUCCAAUGAAGAGUAUGCUGAAUAUCAAAUUAAGUCUGUAAAAGAAGUAAUAUGUGUUCAAUUUCAAGGUAAAAUUUCUAAACUGUGGGAAAUUGUUGCUUUGCAUCCUAAUGAUAAGUACGUAAUGUUCGUCCAUGGUGAGAUUCCAUUACAUGAUAACUAUGGUACAAAAACUUAUUGGGACUGUCGCAAAAGUAUGAUGUUUAACAAGCAACUAAUACAAGUUGCAGAACAAUACAUUAAAAAAACUUUUAAAUGUACAGAUAACUGUAGCUCAUUCUUAGGUGUACAUUGGAGGAGGCAGGACUUUGCUCGAGCUAGGAAAAAUGACAUACCUUCCAUAGAAGGGACUGCAAAACAAAUCAACAAAGCUGUGAUAAAACACAACUUUAAUAUCACAAAAGUGUUUAUUGCAACAGAUGCCACCCUUUCAGAAAAACAAAAACUUUCAAAUGCACUUGCCGCUUAUCAUUUAGAGACAUACUUUUACACUCCAGACAAAACACAAAUUCAUGAAGGUUCAGUUGCCAUUAUAGAACAAAUAAUUUGCGCUCAUGCAAUAUAUUUUAUUGGUACUCAUGAGAGUACAUUUACAUUCAGAAUACAAGAAGAACGUGAAAUACUCGGUUGGGAAAGUUGGACCACAUUCAAUAGACUCUGUCCCGACAAAGGCAGAUGUGAGAAACCCUCGAAAUGGACUAUAGUACAAUGAACACAUAAACAACAAUCUUUAAAAAAUUAAGAAUGUUUGUGCCAUAAUAUGUUGAGCUUUAUUUAUUGUAAAGUAAAUGCGUAAGAAUUUUUAUUUAGAGGCUUAUCAACAGACUCAAAUUUUGAAUUGUGUGUGUGACUAGUGAUGCAUCUUUUUAUAAUAUUUUGUGCUUUGUCU